AUGUCUCGUUACAGGGAAUGGGAUCCUUCAUGCAAAGUGUAUGUUGGAAAUUUAGGAAGCAGUGCUUCUAAAUACGAAAUUGAAUCUGCGUUCAGCAAGUAUGGCCCUUUGAGAGACGUGUGGGUUGCAAGAAAUCCACCAGGCUUUGCAUUCGUAGAGUUCGAGGAUGCGAGGGACGCCGAGGAUGCUUCGACGACCAGUAAACUCUGGCCGAAGGCGCUCAAGAUCACGGACGCCACGCAGACGCUCUCACAGCCGCUCAAGAUCCCGCAGCCGCACUCCAAGGCGCUCUCGUUCGGAUUCAAGAGAUAG